AUGUCGUACGAGUUCGUCCCUUGGGAAGAGACAGAGUCCCUGCCGACGGUCGACGGUGCUGUCGAGGUGGGCACCAAGAUCGAGGUUGGCGUAUCGGCCACCGCCCACGACACGCGGCCGGGCAACAGCAGCGGCGACGUCGGGUGCGGCGAGGUCGGUGGCCUUGGCUGCACGGCGACCAACACCCGCGAUGGUAUCUUCUCCGAGAUCGAGUCGAGGUGGUCGUGCGCCACGAAGCUCGUGCCUGACGAAGGGCCCUGCCAGAUCGAGUUCACCUUUGCCGAACCCCAACACAUCGUGGACAUCCAGGUCGCCUUCUGGAAGGGCAACGACCGCACCCGUACCCUAGGGGUCCACGUCAACGGCGAGCUGACCCACACGCACGAGUCCUACACCGAUUCCACCUUCAACACGCUCGGUGUGACGGCUAAUGAGGCCAGCACCGUGAUGCUCGAGUCCACCGCUCUUCUUUCGGACGAAUGGAUCAGUCUCAUCGAGGUGCUCAUCUUCGUGACACCUUGA